GAACAUGGAUCCUAAGUUGCCGGGCAGUUUAGUCAAGAUUGACCAUGCCACAAGCAUUCCCAUUGAGGGAAUACGACGAUACGGCGUGGACGCUCUUCUCCACGUGGAGCUGGUGCACAACAGCGCCGCCAACAGCAGCUACGACUUCGAUCUUCCGAUUCCAGCGCACUCGUUCGUUGACGUGGCGAUUGGAGUUCCCGACAUGGGCGACCUCGAGUACACCGAACUUCUGGACUCUGCGAACGUCAAGCUAGACGCUUGGGUUAAAUCUACAUACCCGGCUCUCAACGACGAACCAUUUACCGGCGAAACCAUCGUCAAGUUCUACGCGAGUUUUGUAAAGUUUAUGGCGAUGUGCCGGGAGGCGGACUUUAACAUGGCACCGCAAAUAUGGACCGAAGAAGAGCUGGAGGGUGUGCCUACAACCACAACAAACCUUAGCAGUCUUCGCGUACGUCUUGAAGAUGGACCUGGGCGCCAGAGUUAUGCCGACCCUGGUACUUCCGGCCGGCACGAAUGAGCGCCUCCGCGAGUACUGGUGCAUCCGCUGGGUCGACAGCAUGAGCCCCGGUCUGGCGUCCAUUCCCUUGGCGGACGUGCUGCAGAAGCGAUGGACAAACUCCCUCGGCAAGCCCCCCACCGCCGUACCAAUCAUCAAGUUCAUCAGCAAGCAAGUUAAGAGCCUGGCAUCGUCCAUUGAAAGAAGUCACGCACUGUCGACGUCGUCAAGUGAAAAGUCUAGGGUGGGGCAGCUGGAGAAGCUGCAGCAUCUGAAGUACGUCAUUCUGUUUGCAAACAACAAGACAGGCGCACAUGAGCUGGAUGAACAAUUUCUGGAAGAGACUCAUGGUAAAUUUCACAGAGCGGAAAAUGUCGAUUACAAGAACGUAUUAGCGAUACGCCAAACGACGAUGCAAAAAUACUGGAAACUUCUAAGUCCGAAUCCAGAGUUCAGAUAUUUGAUAGUGCGGCACCCAAUGGCGAUGACUGAUAACUACGGCAGCUACGACUACGGAUCCAACACGAUGUACGUUUCGGGGGGACAGUUGAGGCCAUACUACUUCAAAGACAGCUCUGUUUACAUGCUGAACUACGCAAGGAUCGGAUUUUACAUGGGGGCAACCUUGCUGAAGACGAUGGACAUGAAAGGGGGUCACUUCAAGCCGGGCUACAACCACCCCAUAAACUGGCGCGGUGUCUACGCCAUGGAGAGGACAAAAGAGAUCCACGACUGCCUUCAAGAAGGCAAGAACAUGAGCAACGCCCGGAAAGCGGUGAUGAUGACGAACGCCUUCACUCCUGGUUUCAGGUUUUUUAGGACCAUGGCUCUUGAACGCGCCUACCCCAAGCCAGAGUAUCGAGUAGACAAGUUCCCGGAAUUCAGCAUGGCUGAUCUCUACUUUUUCUCGGUAGUGCAGAAUCAACGAGGCGGUUAGGAACGACAAGUACUUCCAGGAACACCACUGCACAAAAGGAGAGAAGAUGUUCAAACCCACGCGCAAGUUGUGCUAUCUGUGGCACAGUACCCGAAGGAACUACUGAAUGCGCUUCCACCUUUCUCAGUGCCGCGGUGAAGGCUUCGCAGGUUGCAAUAA